CGUUAAUGGGACGCGAGAUUCCCACGAUUGCCCACCUAGAAAUUGACCUGUUCCGUGGCGCCAUCAGGAGGUGUCGUUCUGACCACCGUUUUAGCGAGAGAUAUAGAAGGAGAUCGCAUGAGGGGAAUUAUAAGAAGCAUUUGGGUUUCUGGGAUUUAAACAAAUGAAAUAAAAGAGCAGUGAGUGAAUAAAUUAAAGCAGAAUUACUCUCUGAGAUUAAGCUCAAAAUCCAUUCCAUUUCCCCAGGAUUUGAUCGGUUUACUGGUUUUGAGCAGCAGAGGAAAGCAAAGGGGUGAAAAAAAAAGAAAAAAAGAUGAAAUUUUGCAAGAAAUAUGAGGAGUACAUGCAGGGGCAAAUGGAGAAGAAGCUGCCCGGUGUGGGCUUCAAAAAGCUCAAGAAGAUCUUAAAGAGGUGUAGGAGAGACCUGCAUUCACAUGCCCCGCUUCAAGAACACGACAGCUCCACUUGCCCCAAGAAGUGCCCCGUGUGUGAUGGGACAUUUUUCCCUUCACUUCUCAAUGAGAUGUCUGCAGUGGUGGGGUGUUUCAAUGAACGUGCCCAGAAAUUGCUGGAAUUGCAUCUUGCCUCGGGUUUUAGCAAGUGUAUUUUAUGGGUUAAAGGCAGAUUACAAGGGAACCAUGGAGCUUUGAUUCAAGAAGGAAAGGAUUUGGUCACUUAUGCUAUAAUCAAUUCCAUUGCAGUGCGAAAAAUACUCAAGAAAUAUGACAAGAUUCACUACUCUAAGCAAGGCCAAGCGUUCAAGUCCCAAGCGCAGAGUAUGCACAUGGAGAUACUUCAGUCGCCAUGGCUGUGUGAGCUUAUGGCUUUCCACAUUAAUAUGAGGGAGACUGAGGCCAGUACGAAGAAGGCCAUCGCUCUCUUUGGCGGCUGUUCCCUAGUACUCAAAGACGGGAAACCAUCUCUCUCGUGUGAGCUCUUCGAUUCCAUCAAGAUUGAUCUCGACUUGACUUGUUCUAUAUGUUUGGAUACUCUCUUUGACCCAGUAUCCUUAACGUGUGGUCAUAUCUUCUGCUACAUGUGUGCUUGCAAAACCGCAUCAGUGACCAUCGUGGAUGGGCUUAAGGCAGCAAACCACACUGAAAAAUGCCCUCUUUGCCGAGAGGGAGGCGUCUACGAAGGAGCAGUGCAUCUUGAGGAGCUUAACAUGCUAUUAAGCCGAAGUUGUCCCGAGUACUGGGAAGAGCGGCUUCAGUACGAGAGAAAAGAAAGAGUUAAGCAAGCAAAGGAGCACUGGGAAUCUCAGUGUCGCACAUUAAUGGGAGUCUGAUGACCAAACAACUUCGUUUAUGUUUAUGUUUAUGUUUAGUGAUAGCAAAUAAUCUCUACUCGAAUUAACUGCUGUUUGCCAAACAUCUUCAACAUUAUUUUGUAAAUGAACUGUUUUCUUAGUUCUUAUGGUGUAA